ACGCGGGCGUCGAGCGUCGACGAGCGCCGUCCGGGCGAAGCGCGGGACGGGCUCGGGUCGAGCGCGCGUCGAGAGGAGAGGGAGCGCGCGGCGGGCGCGGGCGUCGCGCGGCUCGAGGAGGCGUGGUCGCGCGGCGGGCGGGGAGAAAUAUCUAGGGUUGACUGACGGGCGCGAGGGGCGGCGUCGGGGCGGGAUCCAACGACGCGCGCGCGACGGCGACGAUGUGGCGGUACGCGAAACGCUCGCUCCUGAGAGCGGUGAGCUCCGUCGGUAGAGGCGGCGCGGCGUCGACGUCCUCGCGCCCGUCCUCCGUCUCCGCGCGCGUCGGCGCGGGCGAGCGCGCGGCGGCGAGGGCGCACCGCAAGCGCGAAAUACACGCGCAGAGCCUCCUCGAGCUGAGACAGACGUGGGAGAUCGAGCACUUCGCGUCGAAGCUGCGCGCCGCGAACGGCGACUCCGCGGCGCGAACCGCGGUGGACCUGAUGCGCGCGAUGCGCGGCGCGGGCGUCCCGUGGCUCUCCGUGGCGUCGAACCCGGCGGUUCGCGAAGAGGUGAGAGUCGCGGCGCUCCAAGCGAUGGGCGCGGCGGUCGUCGCCGCGCCCGCCUGGAACGCCGCGUCGUCCGUCGCGGCGGCGUCGCUGCGGCGGCUGAUGCCGACGAUGGCGCUCAGGCACGCGGGCGGGUCGUGGAGGGACGCGCUGACGCAUCCCGCGUUUCGCGUGGAGGUGCCGCAUAUGAUCGCGGCGUUUAGGGUUCGCUCGGGGCUGCCGUCGGCUUCGUCGGCUUCGUCGGCUUCAUCGGCGGCGGCGAAAGCCGUCGCGGGCCAAACAUCCCCGCCGCCCGCCGCGAUGUUGAUCUCGAGCAGCAUCGCGCUGCGGCACGCCGGGUGCUCGUGGCUCGACGUCGCGCGGCACGCCGCGUUUCACGCGUGCGUCAAGUCGCGCGUCGUCGGCGCCGCGGGGUACGCGUACGCCAACACAUUCGUCCGGCACCCGUUCACGUCCGCGCUCAUCACGUCCGUGACGAAGUGCGUCGGGUCGGAUCUCCUCGUGCAGAAGAUCGUGGAGGGGAGGGAGGAGAUCGACUGGCGGAGGGCGGCGUGCUUCUUCGCGUUGGGGUUAUCCUACGUCGGCGCGUUUCAGUACGGGUUGUAUAACCGGGUGAUGAAGCCGAUGGGGGGGUUCUUGACCGCGCGGUACGGCGCCGGCGCGAGCGUCAGCGCCAUGGUGUUCGUGGACUCGUUCCUCGUGUCUCCGUUCGUGUACCUUCCCACGUUCUUCGGGUUGAAGGCGUGGGCGAACGGCGAGUGCGCGGCGACGGAGGUGCCGGCGCGGGCGCGAGACGUCUUCUCGGGGACGGCGACGAGCUUUUUGAGAAGCAGAGAGAGCUCCGGUGGCGACGGCGACGACGACGACGACGACGGCGCGUCUCCGGGCGGCGCGACGUCGAGCACGCUGUGCUACAUGAUGUGGGCGUACUGGAUGCCCGCGCAGGCGAUCAACUUCUGGCUCGUCCCGCGGCACCUGACGAUCCCGUUCAUGAACGUCCUGGGAUUCGGCUGGAACGCGAUCAUGUCGGCGACCAACGGCGCAAGCGAGGCAGCCGGCGAGACGGCGGCGACGCGCGCCGCCGCGAUGAACGACGCGGAGCGGCGCGCGGCGACGACCGCGGCGGUCGUCGAGCGGUUGAUCGCGGGCAGGGUGGGCGAGGAGGUGGCGAGGGACGUCGCGGACGUGGACGCGGGGGAGUGCGCGGCGGACGAGGGGUGCGCGAGGGCGUUGGCGCGGAGUGUCGCGCGGGGGGACGCGCUGGCGCUCUCGACGUAAAUUAGGAAACGAAAAGGGCGACGGACGUCGUGACGAACGACGCGCCGCCCCGCGUACGAUGCGAUUGAUUUUUUAACUCGAUCACGAGUUGCCUUCUUUCAA